GACAUGAACGAGGUGGCGAGUUUCGUGGCCGGAUCCCGCAGCGGCUGCGAGCAGAACGAGUGGAACUUCCCCCCAUACACACCCCACGUGGUGGAGAGGCUGCUGUUCUCCAAGACGCUGUGCAUGGAUGCAGUGCAGCAGUGGGGCCGGCAGUACGACACCCACAACCUCUACGGAUAUUCCAUGAUCCUCUCCACGCAGCAGGCCAUCGAAACUGUGUUUCCUGGCAAACGAAGUUUCCUCCUCUCGAGGUCGACGUUUGUGGGGUCGGGGAAAUACUCAGGGCAUUGGUUGGGGGACAACACAGCAUCGUGGGAUCAGCUGAAGUGGUCAAUCCCUGGAAUUCUGGAAUUCGGGCUCUUUGGGAUCCCCUAUGUCGGUGCUGACAUCUGUGGGUUCUUUGAGAACACAACAGAGGAGCUGUGCAGGCGCUGGAUGCAGGUGGGAGCAUUUUACCCCUUUUCCAGGAACCACAACACCGAACUCUGCUCUCCCCAGGAUCCAGCCUACUUCGGCGCCGACUCCAUUUUGGUGACAUCCUCCAUCCAUUACCUGAAUAUCCGCUACACGCUGCUGCCCUACCUCUACACCCUCUUCUACAAAGCUCACACACAGGGGGACACGGUGGCACGGCCCCUCAUGCACGAGUUUUACUCAGAUGAAGCCACGUGGGGCGUGGACAAGCAGUUCCUGUGGGGCCCUGCGUUGCUCAUCACCCCGGUGAUGGACCCAGGGGUGGAGGUGAUCCAAGCAUACAUCCCUGAUGCUGUGUGGUACGAUUACGAAACGGGAGCCAGGAUCUCGUUCCGCAAGCAGAACGCAGAGCUUUACCUCCCUGCUGACAAAAUGGGGCUGCACCUCCGGGGGGGACACGUGGUGCCCACCCAGCGCCCCAACACCACCACUGUUACCAGCCGCAGGAAUGCACUGGGGCUGAUUGUGGCACUGGACGACAGUGGGACAGCAGUGGGGGAGCUUUUCUGGGAUGAUGGUGAAUCCACGGGUGAGUGUCACGGAGGAAUAUAUAUGCAUAAAUAUGCAAAUAACGAGCUCCGGAUGAACGUCACCAACAGAGGCUACGAUGACCCCAACCAGCUGAGCUUCCAGGAGCUCCGCAUCCUGGGCCUCCAGCAGGAGCUGACGGAGCUGACGGUGCUGCAGGGCAACGCCGUGCAAAACUCCUCCCACAGCAUCACCUACAGACCCACCGAAAAGAUUGAUGAUUACGCCAAUAAACGCUACGAGGUGCCGGUGCCACUCAACCUCCCCAGCACCCCCACGAGCUCCAUCGAGCGCCGCCUCUACGAUGUCAGCGUUCAGACCAAACCUUUCGGGAUCCAGAUCCGCCGCAGGAGCACUGGGACUGUCAUCUGGGAUUCGCAGCUGCCCACCUUCACCUUCAGUGACAUGUUCAUCCAGAUCUCCACCCGCCUGCCCUCCUCCUACCUCUAUGGCUUUGGUGAGACCGAGCACACUCAGUACCACCGUGACAUGAACUGGCACACGUGGGGCAUGUUCAGCCGGGACCAACCCCCUGGGUACAAGCUGAAUUCAUACGGUGUCCAGCCAUUCUACAUGGGUCUGGAAGAAGAUGGCAACGCCCAUGGAGUUCUCUUGCUCAACAGCAAUGGAAUGGAUGUAACAUUCCAGCCCACGCCAGCUCUCACCUACCGCACCAUUGGGGGAAUUUUGGACUUUUAUGUUGUUUUGGGUCCGACGCCGGAGGUGGUGGUUCAGCAAUACACCGAGCUGGUGGGGCGACCAGUGAUGCCACCCUACUGGGCGCUGGGCUUCCAGCUGUGCCGCUAUGGCUAUGAGAACGACUCCGAAAUUGCCCAGUUGGUGGAGGACAUGAAAGCAGCCCAAAUACCUUACGACGUGCAAUACACGGACAUUGAUUACCUGGAACGCCAGUUGGACUUCAAGCUGAACCCACGCUUUUCCGGUCUGCCGGAGCUCAUCAAUAAAAUCCGUGCAGAAGGAAUGAGAUACAUCCCCAUUCUGGACCCGGCCAUAUCAGCAAACGAAACCGAUUAUCUGGCUUUCACGAGGGGAAGGGAGAAGGAUGUCUUCAUCAAGUGGCCCAACUCCGAGGACAUCAUCCUUGGGAAGGUCUGGCCAGAUUUUCCCAACAUAGUGGUCAAUGAUUCCGUUGACUGGGACACGGGAGUAGAGCUCUUCCGUGCAUACGCUGCAUUCCCCGACUUCUUCCGCAACUCCACGCUGGAGUGGUGGAGCACAGAACUUCAGGAGCUCUAUGAGAACCCCCACAACGCCUCCCUCAGCCUCAAAUACGACGGCAUUUGGAUCGUGAGUGCCAGUUUUGCCCUUUUCUACCUUUUUUUGGGUUAUUAUUAAAAUGUGCUUCUUUUCACCCCAUUUCCCACAGAAUUGGGGUGGAGAGAGGAGGGCCUGGCCUACAAAACCAUCUGCAUGGAAGGAGUCCAGAUCCUGGCAGACGGCACCGAGCUGCGCCACUACGAUGUCCACAACCUCUAUGGGUGGGCCCAGACCAAACCCACCUUGGAUGCACUGCGGAGCAUCACGAAGGAGCGGGGCAUCGUCAUCACGCGCUCAACCUACCCCACCAGUGGGCAGUGGGCAGGACAUUGGCUGGGGGACAACACGGCUGCAUGGGACCAGUUGGCAAAAUCCAUCAUUGGUAUGAUGGAGUUCAGCCUCUUUGGAGUGUCCUACACCGGAGCAGACAUCUGUGGGUUCUUCUCAGAUUCAGAAUAUGAACUGUGUGCCCGCUGGAUGCAGCUUGGAGCUUUCUACCCAUUUUCAAGGAACCACAACGGGAAAGGCGCCAAGUAUAAAUCUGGGAUUCAAAGGUUUGUGGAAGACAGGACGACGUGGGAAAUAUAUAAGCAAUUUCUCUGGGGCCCAGCGCUGCUCAUCAGCCCCGUGCUGGAUCAGGGCGCUGUGUCGGUGAAUGCCUACCUCCCGAAUGCCCGCUGGUAUGAUUAUCACACAGGAGAAUAUGUCGGAUUCCGGGGAGAAUUCCGAAAUCUGCCCUCUCCUUUGGAGCACAUCAACCUCCACGUCCGCGGCGGUUUCAUCCUCCCCCAACAGACCCCCGCCAACACCACAGCCUACAGCCGAAAGAACCCAUUAUCUCUUCUGGUGGCUCUGAACGACAGCCAGGAGGCAGAGGGGCAGCUUUACUGGGACGACGGCGUGCGCAUCGACGCCUACGAGGACGGCGCUUAUCUGCUGACCUCCUUUAUUGCUCGCCAGGUCCUUUUGGUCACCCAGCUUGCCCUGGAGUUAGGCAGAGAUUACACGUUGGAGUGGAGCUGA